UCCCGCCUCCUAGUUGGGCCCCGGCUAUAAUUGGACGUUGAAAAAUGCCGCUCCCGCCUCCUUCUGUAAGCGACGUUCGCAACAGGUUGUGCUACUUGUCAAUCUAGCGAAAAACGUUCUCCGCCGUCUGUUAAGAAUUGAUUACGCGCCAACGUAACCCAGAAGGCGCUACGGUGUAGACGUCACAGCGAAGUGCCGAGGGAGGAGCAAAGGCUUGUUUUUUCAAAAAACCCUAAUGGCAAGAGAGCGACGCUGCGCUGAUUGUUAACGUCAUGAGAUCCUGCCCUCUCUAAAUCUCAUUGGUUGGCCUGUUCGAACGUAGCCACACGAUAAUAUGCAUCGAAAUAGUAACUGUCUGUCGUGUCGCCCAUAUUUGAUUAGAGAAGCUAUGAGAGUAGGGAGGUUUGUUGAUCGGAGUCUCUUCUAAUGUGCGUUUCCUCUCAACAUACAAGGUCCGUGAGAGAAAUGGGGGUGCAGAGAGAGAGAAGCGGGGAUAAAUUACCCGAGCUUUGAAAAUACCCGCAAGAAAACCACGGCAAAAUGUAACUGUGAUUUAACUCUUGACAGACAGCAAACACGUAAUAUAAAUUGCUUUCGUGCUUUACUUGCAAAUAAAAUGUUCAGACAGUGCCUGCAACAAACUCAUUUUCUUAGCCUCAUUUUACUCCGCAAAAUAAACUGGGGUGGUACAAAUCCCAGGCGCUUGGUAGGUGUCCUUGUCACGAGCUCUCAGGUGGAAAACGGGGAGGAAAAACUACAUCAGGCCGAAACCCAGUGUUUUUAUUUCUUCUGUCCUGGUCUUGGAGUUCCUACUACAGAAAAUAUCGCUUAAAUAUCAAUGGCAAAAGUUUAAAGAUUAUGGCCUAAAAAGAUCAACUGCGACAUCGACAGCACGUGAAGACUUAAGUUGAAAACUUGUAUAUAUGAAAAUCAACCAGCAGAUGGCAUCCCUCAAAAAAGAAAUCACUAAAGAAAGGAUAAGUGACAAUACGGUUAAAAACAUUGGGGUGUUUUUGUGGGUUUUUUGUUGCUGCAGCAUUGCUUCCGUUCUACUACUCUCUGUAUUCCAAAUAUCUUCCAAUUUGCUUUGGGCAAAAACUUCCCCAUUUCUUUUGCACUUAACUCAAAAUGGCUAGAUCAGGCCGAGGAAGAGGACGGACUGCCUUUACAUUCAACAUUGAAGCUAUUGGCUUUGCUAAAGGUGAAGUUCUACCUGAAACUGUACUUGGACCUUCUCCAUUGUAUCCUACAACAGAUUUCAAACCAAUGCCACUGAAAACUGGAGAAGAUGAAGACUACCUUUUGGCUUUGAAACAAGAGUUUAGAGCAUCUAUGAAAAGGACACCUUAUUUUGUGGCCCAAACAGAUGAAGAUCAAGGAGUUGAAAAGUACAGCAAAAAAUACUUGCAGACAGAUCAAGAGGAUCUAGAAUGGACCCCAGACUGGAGAAGACUCCCAAGAGAGAUGAAACCAAGGAAAAAGAUUAAGAGAGCAGGUGGAAAAUUGAAAAAGGCAAAAACUACAGCAUCCAAAAUAGCAGCAUCCAAAACUAAUGUGGAUGUAUUGAAAAAGAUAGAGGACUUGGAAAAGAAAGGAGAUGAAGAAAAGUCAGAUGAGGAGGAAAAGGAAAAAAAGAAAGAAAGAGACAAAGAGGAUGAGGAAGAGGGAGAAGAGCCAGAAGAAUAUGACGAAGAGGAGCAUGAAGAGGAGAAUGACUACAUUGCUUCAUAUUUUGAAGACGGAGAUGACUAUGCAGCUGAUAGUGAUGACAAUAUGGACGAAGCAACUUACUGAUAUUACUUAAGGUUUCAAGAAUGGAAAAUACCACCUGGAGAGGACCUGAGGAUACAGCUGCAUUAUAAGAAGUUAUGGCAGAUAAUAGAGCCUUUGAAGACUUUGAUAAACACAUCUUUCAGUGACACAUGAAAGUAAUAACCUAAUAGUAUUUUCCCAAUAGAAGGGAUGGUCGAUUGUAGUGGCAGAGUACUGAGCUGGUCCAAUAUGCUCCGCAUACCCAUGCUACCUUUUUGUGAAUUAAUGUAUAGAAAUGUUAUGUGCCACUAAAGUAACUUUGGGGUCUGA